UUUUUUUUUUUUUUUGAAAUCUUUUUUUUUUUUCUUGUUUCACCUUACAACAUGUCAAAACGUCAAGCCGAUCCUUCUGAUUCAAGACAAAAUAAAACUACUGCCUUUGGCAACGGCGUCUCGAGACAUGCUGAAGAAAAGAACGAAAUGGGUGAAUUUGAAGAUGCCUGGGAAGAUGAAAUGGAAGAAGAAGAAGUAGUCGAAAGUAUGGAACCUGAAGCAAACGAUAAUGAAGACGGCAUGGAUGUGGAUAUGAAGGAAGACGAUGACGAAGAAGAGGGCGAUAAAAACUUAAAGUUAUAUUUGCCCGGUCAACCUUUAGCAGAAGGUGAAGUAUUGGAAGCUGAUCCCUCAGUGUAUGUCAUGCUUCAUAACCUUGAUGUGCGUCUUCCCUUUCUGAGUUUUGAUAUUUUGGAAGACAAAUUAGGUGAAGAAAGAAAGAAUUAUCCUGCUACUGCUUAUGUUGCUGCUGGUACUUCUCUUCCUGGUGAUCGUAACAAUGAAGUUUUGGUUAUGAAGAUGUCUUCUUUACACAAGACUCAACAAGAUGACUCUGAUGAUGAGGAUGAUCCCGAUGCUUUAGAUGAGGAUCCUGUGCUUGAAUAUAGAUCUAUUCCUCAUGUUGGUUGUGUGAAUCGUUUAAGGGUUAUGCCCCAACAACAAGAUAGACACAUUGCUGCUACCUGGGCUGAAACAGGCAAAGUACAUAUUUGGGACUUGACAUCUGCAGUAGCCAGUUUAGAAGUAGCAGGAGCGCCUUCUCAAAUGAACCAAAAGCCUUUAUUUAACAUUAACAACCAUGGUCGUGAAGAAGGUUAUGCUAUGGAUUGGUCCUAUCUUGAUGCUGGCCGUCUUUUGACAGGUGAUAAUACAGGUCGUAUUUUCCACACAACAAUUACCCCCAGUGGUAUCAAUACUGAAAAUGUCGCUUUCAGAGAACACAAAUCAUCUGUUGAAGACCUUCAAUGGUCUCCUACUGAACGCAAUGUGUUUGCUUCUUGUUCUGCAGACCAAACAGUCAAGAUUUGGGACACACGUAACAAGAAGCGCGCUGCUGUUGGUAUUCAUGCUUCUCAUUCUGAUGUCAAUGUGAUUACUUGGAACAAGAAGGCUUCUUACUUGUUAGCUAGUGGUCAUGAUGAUGGUGUCUUUAGUGUAUGGGAUUUGCGUACAUUUAAGGGCAAUCAACCUACACCUGUGGCUACCUUCAAGUGGCACAAUGGUCCUAUCACAUCCAUUGAAUGGCACCCUACAGAAGAAUCUGUAUUGGCUGUUUCUGGUGCAGAUAACCAAUUGACUUUAUGGGAUUUGUCUGUUGAACCUGAUACAGAACAAGAAGGCCGUUUGACUAACGAUGGUGUUGAAGUGCCUCCUCAAUUGUUGUUUGUUCAUCAAGGUCAAGAAGAUAUCAAGGAAUUACAUUUCCAUAGACAAAUACCUGGUUGUGUUGUUAGCACAGCUAGUACUGGUUUAAACAUUUUCAAAACUAUCAGCAUUUAGAAUUUAUGUACAUUUCUUUAUAUCAUUUCUUUCUUUUUUUUUAUAUAAUACAUUUUCUCUCUCUAUAUAUAAAAACGAGUGUAUUACACAAAUGGCUUGUAUUAUUAUUAUUAUUUUUUUCUGAUUAAAAAGGCGGUCUCUCUUUCUUUCCUUUU